AUGUUCCUCAUCAUCGUCAUCCCGAUUGUCAUCCUCCUUUACCCCUUCCUGAGCACGCUCUACACAACCCUCCGCACCCGCUCCCUCCGCCGAAUCCCAGGCCCCUUCCUCACCCGCCUCACAAAACUCUGGUACUUCUACCGCGUGCGCGCUGGCCACUUCGAAACAGACAAUAUCGCCCUGCACCGGCGCUACGGGCCCGUCGUCCGCAUCGCCCCAGACCACUAUAGUAUCUCCGGGAGCGCCGCCAUAAAAACCGUCUACGGGACGGGGAGCAAGUUCACCAAGUCCGCCUGGUACGAGGGGUGGAAGCACCCGGACCCAAAUCAGUGGACGCUGUUCCCUGACCGGAACAUUAAGCGGCACGCGGAAACGCGCAAGCGGUUCUCGAGCCUCUACUCCAUGACCUCGCUGGUGCAUUACGAGGCGUUUGUGGAUCGGUGUGCGGAUCUCUUCUGCAUGCGGCUGCGGGAGUUCGCGGCCCGUGGCGAAGAGUUCAACCUCGGCCAUUGGUUCCAGUGCUAUGCGUUUGAUGUGAUCGGCGAUAUUACCUACGGGCAGCGGUUUGGCUUCCUCGAUCGCGGAGAGGACAUCGAAGGCACGAUUGCCGCGCUGCAGCGGCUGAUGACGUACAGUACCCUUGUGGGCAUAUACCCCGAGUGGCAUCCGCGGCUGUUUGGCCCACUGAGUCGAUUCAGCUGGUCUGGUGCAGCGGGGAGAGCGUAUAUUGUGCGAUUCGUCCAGGAGAAAAUCAGAGGCCUCUCUGUGAAGGCUGAUCCCGGGCAAGUGGAGCGGGGCCCUCUGGCGACGCAGAACUUUGUCGAGAAGAUGAUGCUGGCUCGAGACAAGGAUCCGGAAAAGGUGACGGAUUACCAUGUGUUCAUGAUGGGGUUGUCGAACGUCAUUGCUGGUUCAGACACGACUGCCAUCAGUCUGUCCGCCAUCAUGUAUCACCUCCUGCGUUAUCCCGCGGUCAUGGAGAAACUUCGGCGCGAGAUCGACGCGUUUGCCGCGGACGGAAAGUGCAGUGACAGCGUCACCUUCAGGGAGAGCCAGGAGAUGCCAUAUUUCCAGGCCGUGAUCAAGGAGGCACUGCGCAUGCACAGUGCCACGGGCUUGCCGCUGUGGAGGGUGGUUCCCGACGGCGGGGUCGAGAUCAAUGGCUAUUUCUUUCCGGCUGGCACGGUGGUGGGGAUCAACACCUGGGUGGCCCAUUACGAUGAGGAAGUCUUCCCAGAUGCGACGACUUUCCGGCCAGAGCGAUGGAUCGAGGCGGAGAGUAAUCCGGAGAAACUCAGAGCCAUGAACGAGAUGUACAUGCCAGUAGGUCUCACCCACUUCUCUCGUAUACAGCAUACUGACGACGGUAGUUCGGCCUUGGGACUAGGACGUGUCUUGGAAAGCACAUCUCCAUUCUGGAAAUGUCGAAAUUGA